CGAAACGCCUUUCAGUCCUUCCGCAAGCAUCUCCCGUCCAGGCCCCGCGAUAGAGCUCGGAAAGAUCGAUGCUCAGCAGUCCAGACGAGACUAGUGGCACCUGGAGCGGACGACUCCUUCGCCCCGCCCCGCCCCGCCCCGCCCCGAGCAAAGGGCACGGAGUCCGGACCGUUUACUUCAUCCCUCCUAGUCUUCCCCCUCCCGCGGAUCCCGCUCAGACGCCGGCGACACGUGCGACAUGCAGAGGGACAUUUUCUCCGAAGCGCGUGGCAGGACGCUGGGCGCUUUCCCGGAAGAAAAAGAGCUUCAAUGGAAAUCCCCAUUCUACUUCAUCCAAGGAGCAGAUCCACAAUUUGGACUUAUGAAAGCCUGGGCACUUGGCAAAUGGGAUAAUUGUGAUGAUGAAUGGGAAGAGGAGAUCAGAUUAACAGAACAAGCUGUUCAAGCUAUUAAUAAGCUCAACCCCAAGCCUAAAUUCUUUGUUCUGUGUGGUGACCUCGUACAUGCUUUGCCUGGAACUCCAUGGAGAGCAAAUCAAACAAAGGAUUUAAAGAAAGUUCUUGAGGACAUUGACAAAGAAAUCCCAUUGGUAUUUGUCAGUGGAAACCAUGACAUUGGUAAUGUUCCUACAUCAGAAGCGAUAGAUGAGUAUUGCCAGACUUGGGGAGAUGACUAUUUCAGCUUCUGGGUUGGAGGAGUGCUUUUUCUUGUCCUUAAUUCACAACUAUAUGUUGAUUCUUCUAAGUGCCUCAACUUGAAACAAGCCCAAGACAAAUGGCUUGAUACCCAACUAGCUAUGGCAAAAGAGAAGAUGUGCAAACAUGCUAUUGUAUUCCAGCACAUUCCUCUUUUCCUCAAAAAUGUUGAUGAAGAAGAUGAUUACUUCAACAUAAAUAAGCCAGUACGCCUAGAGUUAAUGAACAAGUUCACCAAUGCAGGCAUUAAGGCUGUAUUCUCUGGACACUAUCAUAGGAAUGCUGGUGGAUUCUACAACAACCUUGACAUGGUGGUAUCAUCUGCAAUUGGCUGCCAAUUAGGUGAAGAUACCCACGGACUCCGAAUUGUGGUGGUCACAGCUGAUAAAAUUAUACAUCGCUACUACAGCUUAAAUAAACUAAGUAAUGAAGGAAUAGAGAAAGAUCUGUUGGAUAUGAUUAAGCAAGAAUAACAACUUUUCUUUAAGUGCCACUCAUUUUGCAUUUAUUUUGUUUUUGCUCUAAACAGUAUUUCAAAGGAAUACUUCACUAAAGUAGAGUAGCAGAACCUUGAAGGUUUAUGAUUUGGGAACACAUGUGCAUAAAUGUUAGCAUUAUUCUCUCCUAAAUAAAAAAAAAAAAUGAAAGGCUUCCCUCUUUAUGGAAGAGAAUUCACUGAAUGAUCAUUAUGAUUAGAAUCCCUCUUGUUUGCUAUAUGAAGAAACUAUCCUGAGGAUAUGUUUAUUGAGUCUUUUAUGAUAGCAUAUUGUCAAUGAUUUCCCAUUGUGUUUAAUUCCAAUUCAGAUUUAAUCUUUGAAAACACCUCAGUUAUGACUCUCAAGAUGUCAACUGUAAUAAAAUGCAUUUGGUUCUGUUA